AUGCCACUACCGUCGCUAGUCCUAGUAUAUAUUAUUUUACACAUCCAUCUAUCUAUCUAUCUAUCUAUCUAUCUAUCUAUCUAUCUAUCUAUCUAUCUAUCUAUCUAUCCCAUACUGUUCCUAUCUAUCUAUCUAUCUAUCUAUCUAUCUAUCUAUCUAUCUAUCUGUUUGUUCAUAUCUAUCUAUCUAUCUAUCUAUCUAUCUAUCUAUCUAUCUCAUACUGUUCAUAAAUAUCUAUCGAUCACAUCCUGUCCGUAUCUAUCUAUCUAUCUAUCUAUCUAUCUAUCUAUCUAUCUCAAACUUUCAUAUCUCUCUCUCAUACGGUUCGUAUCUAUCUAUCUAACUAUCUAUUCUACUCAUAUUGUUCCUAUCUAUCUAUCUAUCUAUCUAUCUAUCUAUCUAUCUAUCUAUCUAUCUAUCAGUUUGUUCAUAUCUAUCUAUCUAUCUCAUACUUUCGUAUCUAUCUAUCUAUCUAUCUAUCUAUCUAUCUAUCUCAUCUGUCCAUAUCUUUCUAUCUAUCUCAUACUGUUUAUAAAUUUCUAUCUAUCUCAUACUGUUUAUAAAUAUCUAUCUAUCUAUCGAUCACAUCCUCUCCGUAUCUAUCUAUCUAUCUAUCUAUCUCACACGGUUCAUAUCUAUCUAUCUAUCUAUCUAUCUAUCUAUCUGUCUGUCUGUCUGUCCGUAUAA